AUGAGGGCAUUGAUAUACAAUAUUCGUGGUUUCGGCGAGCAAGGGUGUCGAACACAACUAAAGUCUUGCAUCCGAGGGGAAAGGGUUGAUAUCAUAGGGCUCCAAGAGACGAUCAAGAUGGAGUUCUCGGCAGCGGAGCUGAGGAGCCUUGGAUUUGCGGGUCAGUUUGCAUGGAACUGGCUGCCGGCGGAGGGGCAUUCAGGGGGUAUGCUCCUAGGGUUCUGUGAUGACUGUUUCGAGGUUGGCGCUUGGAGGCAAGGGACCUUCUUUAUAUCGGUGACCGUACUACAACGGAAGAACAACAUGAAGUGGUGUUUCUUCCGAGUGUAUGGCCCCGCGGAUCACCGUCGCACGGAUGAGUUCCUGGGGGAGCUCACCCAGGCGGUGGCGGCAAGCCAAUUCCCGGUGGUCAUCGGGGGUGACUUCAAUAUCAUCCGGACGGCUGAUGAGAAAAACAAUAAUAACAUCAACUGGUCGCGGGUGAGACAGUUUAACAAGGCUAUUGCUCCAAUGGCCUUACGGGAGCUGCAGUGGAUAGGGGCACGCUUCACCUGGACCAACAAGCAUCUUCAGCUGACAUGA